UCGGGGAAUCCGACUUGACGACAGAGGCUUACAGAGAGGGCUGGCGCGGUGGGGCCAGUGGACUAGAACCACUAGUCGACCUGGUUCUGUGUGAAUGUAACUCACGCUCUAGUUCUACAAGGACAUCGAAUCUUAGUGGAUCAUCGAACUUGUUCAAUAGUAAGUCUAUUUCUUCGGAAAUGACCGGGCAUACAGCAUCCCUUGCUUCUGAAGGACAGAAGAGGCCUUUCAUAUGUACGGAGACUGUUUACGACGAGAUCCCUUCGAAAAUGAAGAAAGAUGAUGAAACAAGAAUGGCCUGCAAUCAAACCGCUGUCGCUGUUCUUCAAGAGCUCUGUAUGAAGAGGAGGUGGAAUCCUCCAAUUUAUGAUACUGUUGAUGCUGGUGGUCCCCCUAAUGACCCUAUAUUCGAAGUCGCUGUUACUCUCUGCAACGGAAUUAAAGGUGUGGGUCGAGGGCGGACAAAGAAAGCUGCAAAACAUGAGGCAGCUAAGAAGGCACUAGAGCAAAUACAGGAAAGGGCACUGCCUGAUGUAAACAUAAAUCUUUCACCCAAUAAACCACCGAUCAACCCCCAUGAGGAUGUUGGUGGUGCGAAUCCUGUUGGAGAACUCCAAAACCUCUGCUCUGCAAAGCACCUUCCAGCUCCAGUCUACGAUGUAAUUGGUGAUGAAGGUGAACCGCAUGAAAAACUUUUCACCUACAAGUGUACAGUUUCUCAAAGGAGUGCACAAGGGACUGCUCGCAAGAAACAAACAGCUAAACAUCUUUCUGCUCAAAAUAUGUUAGCAAUGCUAAAGUCAGACAUGAAAGUUAUUCUUGAUGAGAUUCCUGAUGAUCCUGCGGUCUCCUCUCUGUAUUCGCAGAAAUCCAAGGAAACAACAGUUUUGGAGAAAGAUAAGAAGAGAGAUUUAGAGGCUCUGGAAAAGUAUAAGGCAUUGAAGGAUAGCAAAGGAGACAUUCCUGCUGCACCUUUAAUAAGCCCAGGAACAAAAUUUUCAGAUUAUCAUCUUGCAUAUGCCUCUCAAUUAGGAGAGUUUAGGGAUAUAAUUGAGAAACCGGGGAUAAAGCAAGAGCGUAACUCUUUAAAAAAACUGAAGCUGGUUGCUGCAGAGUUAAAUUUUCCUCUCAACAUAAUGUCAAAUCCUGGGAAAGACAAUAAAAGAUAUGUUGCGUUUGUCCAUUUAGCCACUGAUCCCCCAACAAUUACAGCAGCCCAGAAUGAAAAUGAGAUCACAGCGACAGAGAUGGCUGCUCGUAAUUGCCUAGACUUUCUCUCUGUAAUGUCAACUACAUAAUGUGCUGCAGCUCAACUGUGCUUUUUGAAGAAUGUCAUAUAUUUCGUUCUGUAUUUUAAUACUUUAAACUGAUGUUUUUUUACUUGCUGAAGCAUUGCAGUUGUGUUAUUACUCCAUGAUGUUACGCAAAAUACCAUCUGGAUGUUUUAUGUUUUUCUUUCUUUUUUUGUUGUUUCUUUUUUAUGUUUACUUGCAUGUUCGUUUGUUAAUUUAUUACUGUGAUAAUAAGUUAAUCAGUUAAAUUUUAAUAAAAUGAUUUAAAUGUACUGUA